CACCGAUCGUAAGUCGUCAGUCGCGCGACACUCAUCGCGGUUAGAACGACGUCCAGAACUGUUGUUGUUUCCCGAAUAUCCUGCAAGUUGUCGCGAAUCAUCCGCAUCUCGUAUACCGUAUAUCGCCGGUUUUUCUCUCUCUCUUUUUUUUUCUCAUCGAGACAGAGGACCCGCGCGCAUUCUUUUCUGUGAUCGAAAUCAAAACAUCGGCCGAGAGACCGAAGCAGUCAUAAGCGCAGGUAUCGUCUGCAACUACGAUGACCACGCUGGAAAAUACUUCAGAAGGUACACGCGAGCCGAACGAUAUUGGAAGGAGGCAUGCGAUUCCUGUCAUUUACACGAGAGGCAGUCAUUACGACAUUGGUUUCGAUAUCGGGCGCACGUUCUCCGGGCUGAUACAGUCGUACUUAAAUAUCUAUAAACCCCUGAACGAAACGUACCUGCCGCUGUACGAGACCGAAGCCGGCAGGAAAGUGUACGAGGAAACUCUUAGCUGCGUGGAGCAACAGUUUCCCGGCUACCUCAGGGAAAUCCAUGGAACGGCCGACGGAGCGAACGUUCCUUUUCAUAAGUUGUUUCUGAUGCACCUGGACGACAUCAUCCCAAAUGUGGCUAACAAUCAGAAUCGAGCAAACGAUCUACCAGUCGGUUGCUCGACUAUUAUGUGCAAUCAGCCGGGACAGGAAAUUUUAGGGCACAAUGAGGACGCGUUGAGCGAAACUUUAAAUCAUUGGUACCUGGUUUCCGCGCACUUAGUCGAGCCAGGCUGCAAAGAAGAGAAAUUCACAUCCUUGAGUUAUGCAGGAUUUUUGCCAGGAUAUACAAUGGGUUACAAUUGCCAUGGGCUCGCUUACAGCAUCAACACUUUGAGUGCCGCGCGUCUACGGUCCGGUAAAACGCCUAGGUAUUUUUUGACUCGAGCGCUUCUGUCCGCGGAGAAUUACGUUCAAGCUCAACAGAUAUUGAAAAACGAUGGAUGCGGCGCGGCCGAAGGGUUUUCGGUGAAUAUGACCUUCAUAACGCAAGAGGGUGACCGGGUGUUCCACAAUGUCGAAGUGGGUCCCUGUGAACCUGACUCCUCGUAUUCGCAACUCAACGUUCUCACCAUCAGCCCUGGAGAAUUUACUUUCCACUGCAACAAAUAUCUUCGACUGAACGUGCCGGAAGUCACCGGCCUUAUUAUAGACAGCAGCGACAGAAGAAUGGAAAUAAUUUGUAAGCAUCCUCCGCCAAAUAAUCGCCAGAAUGUUAUAGAUAUUCUGAGCGAUCAAACUACCAACGAUUACAGGGUUUACCAAGACAUUAAUAAAGAUGAUCCCGUCAAAACGAUCGCUACCGGUAUUUUCGAUUGUGUCGAAAGGACCUGGACGGUGUACACGGACAAACCAAGUUCUUCUGAGCCAAUACUAGUGAUACCCAUGCAGAUUCAUGGUCAUGAUUUAUUAUCGAAUUCUGUUAUGUAGUGUCAAGUUACGGAACGUUUCGUUACAGAACCGAAUCGUUACUCUAUACAUGUAUAAUUAGAGCUGCUUCUGAAUUUUCAAGUCGUUCGAACAUAAACGACCAAAUGUACAAUUACAUAUUAAUCUGUAAUACGAUUUAUAAUGUAUACGAUAGUUGAUAUACUGUUAUGCUGUUCAUUGAUGUUAUCGAACAGAAUACGUUAGUUUCAACAAAAAAAUAACAUCUUUCCAGACUUGUUAUUUUC